GAUCGCAUUUCUGUUCCACGCCCAAAACUAAUUAUAUUGAGUGCUUUGUGAGGAAGAAAAGGGGGAAAAAGGAAGGAAAAAAGACACGUUUUUUCCCCACCAAUGGCUCCCACGGCCACCUUCGUCGCCAAAUCCCCCAACUUUCCCCUUCCGAUUCCCAAUGCCUCGAGGCCGCAGCUCCCCGCCAGCCUCCGCCUCGCGCUUCCCCGCCACCUCUCCUUCGCCGUCGCCGGACGCCGGAGCUCUGUAGCCCGCCGUGCCGUCGCCGCCUCCUGCAGCCUGAUCGAGCCCGACGGCGGGAGGCUGGUGGACGUCGUCGCGCCAGAGGGCCCGGCGAGGGAGGCGCUGCGCCGGGAGGCGGCAGGGUGCCCGCAGAUCAGGCUUUCGAGGAUCGAUCUCGAGUGGGUGCACGUGCUGAGCGAAGGGUGGGCGAGCCCUCUUGGCGGGUUCAUGAGGGAAGCAGAGUUCCUCCAAACGCUUCAUUUCAACUGUCUCCGCCUCGGAGACGGGUCCGUCGUCAACAUGUCGCUCCCGAUCGUGCUCGCGAUCGACGACGCCCAGAAACGGGCCAUCGGCGACCGUCGCAAGGUCGCGCUUGUUGACGCCCGGGACAAGCCGGUCGCCAUCUUGAGCGACAUUGAGAUCUAUAAGCAUAACAAAGAAGAACGAAUCGCAAGAACUUGGGGAACAACAGCUCCUGGGCUGCCAUAUGUCGAGGAAGCAAUAACAAAAGCUGGUAAUUGGCUAAUUGGUGGAGACUUGGAGGUUAUAGAACGAAUCAAGUAUAAUGAUGGUCUCGAUCAGUAUCGUCUAUCGCCUGCUGAACUCCGUGAAGAAUUUUCCAGGCGCGAUGCAGAUGCUGUAUUUGCUUUCCAGCUGCGUAAUCCUGUACACAAUGGUCAUGCCUUGCUCAUGACAGACACUCGCAGACGUCUUCUAGAAAUGGGCUACAGAAACCCAGUUCUUUUGCUUCAUCCCUUGGGAGGCUAUACAAAAGCAGAUGAUGUACCACUUCAUUGGAGAAUGAAGCAACAUGAGAAGGUUCUUGAGGAUGGUGUUCUUAACCCAGAAACCACGGUCGUCGCUAUCUUCCCCUCUCCCAUGCACUAUGCUGGCCCAACCGAAGUUCAGUGGCAUGCAAAAUCUCGCAUAAACGCUGGUGCAAAUUUUUACAUUGUGGGCAGAGACCCGGCAGGUAUGAGUCACCCGAUAGAGAAAAGGGACCUUUAUGAUGCUGACCAUGGGAAGAAGGUACUCGGUAUGGCUCCAGGUCUUGAAAGGCUUAACAUCCUUCCAUUCAAGGUAGCUGCCUAUGACAAAAAGCAGCAGAAAAUGGCCUUCUUUGAUCCAUCCAGACCUCAGGAUUUCCUCUUCAUCUCUGGUACAAAGAUGCGGACUCUCGCAAAGAACAGAGAGGAUCCCCCGGAUGGCUUUAUGUGCCCUGGUGGAUGGAAAGUAUUAGUGGACUACUAUGACAGUGUGACCCCACAGGAGACCAACAGGUCUCGUGAAGCUGUUCCCGCUUGAAUCCUUGAAGAUUUUGCUCGUCAGGCAACUCUUCGAUUCCUUUGAUGAAAGAAGACGGAAUGAAGCCCUGACCUACUUGAUGUGUACACUACGGCUUGUCGUAGAACUAUGUGAGAAAGAAGACGGACUGAAGCCGUGAACUACUUGAUGUGUACGGCACGGCUUGUCGUAGAACUAUGUCAGAUCUUAUUGUAUUAGAUGAAUUCAGAUGCACGAGGAAAUGAGAGCAGAGGAUAUGCAACCAUCUUCUCUUUA